GAGCCACUCUCCGGAGAGGCGGGACUGCGCUGGCGCCGGGUUGACGCGUGCGCCGGCGCGCCGCGGUUUGAAAGGCCCGAGCCUCGCGCGCGUGCGCACUUCAGCGCGCGCAGGGCGCACCCCCUCGUCGCCCCCUGAAACUCGGACCCUCCUGCGUCCUUCAGGUCCCGCGAAGCCCACGACGCUGACAUGCCGGAGAUCCGCCUCCGCCAUGUGGUGUCCUGCAGUAGCCAGGACUCGACCCACUGUGCAGACAACCUCCUCAAGGCGGACACCUACCGGAAGUGGCGCGCGGCCAGGGCGGGCGAGAAGACCAUCUCGGUGGUGCUCCAGUUAGAGAAGGAGGAGCAGAUACAUAGUGUGGACAUCGGGAACGAUGGCUCGGCCUUUGUGGAGGUGCUGGUGGGCAGCUCGGCUGGAGGGGCCGGGGAGCAAGACUAUGAGGUCCUUCUGGUCACCUCGUCUUUCAUGUCCCCUUCUGAGAGCCGAAGUGGCUCCAACCCCAACCGUGUUCGCUUGUUUGGACCUGAGAAGCUGGUCCGGGGAGCAGCUGAGAAGCGCUGGGACCGAGUCAAAAUUGUUUGCAGCCAGCCCUAUAGCAAGGACUCCCCCUAUGGCCUGAGUUUUGUACGGUUUCACAGCCCUCCAGACAAAGAUGAGGUAGAGGCUUCACCCCAGAAGGUGACCAAGCUUGGCCAAUUCCGUGUAAAGGAGGAGGAUGAGGGUGCCAGCUCCCUGAGACCAGGGGCCCUCUUCUUCAGCCGGAUCAAUAAGACAUCCACUGCCACAACCAGUGACCCAGCGGGACCCAGCUAUGCAGCUGCCACACUGCAGGCCUCAAGUGCCACCUCCUCAACCUCUCCAGCCUCCAGGGCAGUAGGCAGCACCUCCAAGCCUCAGGAGUCCCCCAAAGGGAAGAGGAAGUUGGAUUUGAAUCAAGAAGAAAGGAAGACCCCCAGCAAACCAUCAGCCCAGCCCUCACCACCUGCCCGAAAGAGACCGAAAUUGUCAGCACCCAUCUCUACCCCUGCCACUGCUUCAGUCCCUGCCCCAGCACGGGGGGCAGUGCCAGGGAAGCCCCGAGGAGAAGGCAUGGAGCACAGGGCACCCCGAGCUGGCCCGCAGGAGAUGGGGAAGAUCCUUAAGGGCGUGGUGGUGGUGCUGAGUGGCUUCCAGAACCCCUUCCGCUCGGAACUCCGGGACAAGGCCCUAGAGCUCGGGGCCAAGUAUCGGCCAGACUGGACCCCAGACAGCACCCACCUCAUCUGUGCCUUUGCCAACACCCCUAAGUACGGCCAGGUCCUAGGCCUCGGAGGCCGCAUUGUGCGUAAAGAGUGGGUGCUGGACUGUCACCGCAUGCGGCAGCGGCUGCCCUCCCGGAGGUACCUCAUGGCAGGGCCAGACUCCAGCAGCGAGGACGAGGGUGGCCCUCACGGCGGCAGCAGCGGGGAUGAAGCCCCACAGCUUCCCCAAAAGACCAAAACCAAGGCCCCUCAGGCAGCGGGAUCCAGCUCACCCCAGACAGCCUCCACUCCAGAAGAGACCAAACCAGCCUCACCCGGGUCCCAGGAAGAUACCCACACUGAGGGGGAGUGGUCAGAAGGACAGGACAAUGGAGCGGAAGAUUCUGAGGACACUGAGGAUGAGCUGAGAAGGGUGGCUGAGCAGAAAGAACGAAGGCAGCCCCCUGGCCAGGGGGAGAAUGGCGAGGACCCAUAUGCGGGAUCCACAGAUGAGAACACCGACAAUGAGAGUCCCCCAGAGUCUCCUGACCUGCCAAUUCCUGAACUCCCAGACUUCUUCCAGGGCAAACACUUCUUCCUGUACGGGGAGUUCCCUGGGGACGAGCGGAGGAAGCUCAGCCGCUAUGUCACAGCCUUCAAUGGGGAGCUCGAGGACUAUAUGAGCGACCGGGUCCAGUUUGUAAUCACAGCACAGGAGUGGGACCCCAGCUUUGAGGAGGCCCUGAUGGACAAUCCCUCCCUGGUGUUCGUCCGCCCGAGAUGGAUCUACAGUUGUAACGAGAAGCAGAAGUUACUUCCUCACCAACUCUAUGGGGUGGUGCCCCAGGCCUGAAGUCUGAAGUCUGAACUGGGUCUCACUGGGCUAAGAAGUCACGGUGUAGGCUGGCCCGCAUUCCUCCUGGGGCUCCAGGGGAGACUGCUUUCUGCGCUUUUCCAGCUUGUAGCAGCUGCUCACAUUCCAUCCCCUUCCGUAGGCAAAGGCAGCAGAGGCCAGGCAGUCUUUCCCAUGCACAUCGUCUCUGACACCAGAUCUUUUGUCGUAUUCUCCCACGUUUAGACUCCGAUGACUGUGGAGCCCACAUGGACAAUCUGGGAUAAUCUCCUUUUUAAGGUCAGCCAUUUGGCAACCGGAAUUCCUUCUGCUGUCUUAAGUCUCCUUUGCCACAUUCCAUAUCCAUAGGUUCCAGGGAUUAGGAUGUGGACAUCUUUGGGAGGCCCUUGUUCUGCCUACCAUACCGACUGUGAGUGAGACACGGGCUGCAGUGUGAAAAGACAGACACACGUCCUCACUCCCGGGCUGACAUUCUGCUGGGGGAGAGACAGUGAGUGUGUGUUGCAGUGUUGGGCAGGGGUAAAUGCUGUGAGAGCAGAGAGAGCAGGGCAGUGCUCACUCUGACAGUGACAGGGCCAGGUGGAAGUAUUUAAAUAGAAUCAUAGGAGAAGGCAUCUCAGGGGAUGUCCCCUUCUGCAGGGACUUGGGAAAAGGGUCCUGGGGAAACUGGUCCAGGCAGAGGAAAAGCAAGUGCAGAGACCCUCCGGCAGGACAUGUGCAAGGAGCAGCAAGGCAUCAGGGUGUCAGGAGACCUGGGAUCCACUCUAAAUCAGCACUGCCCCCCGCCCUAUUGUUUGGUUGCAGACCAGUCAUCUUGUAAGAUUGGACCAGACGAAAUGAGUUUGUGCCCUUGAACCUUUGAGGUGGUGUGGUUGCUACAGAAGAACUCUUCCCAGACAGGAACUCUCUAUGGAUACAAGUCAUGCUGUCAAGUUUGGAGGAGGGACUGGAAUCCUUACCUAUGCCCAGUUCCCCCCCGUCCCCCCAGCCCCCCAGAUCUUGCUGAGUAGUCUACAGCUCAUUUCCAUUUACCUGCUUGAUUCUACCCCUUAUGCUGGAGACUCCACAAACCAUCUUUCAGUCCAUCCUUCACACCUUUCAGGUUUCAACUCAAAACAUUAUCUGCUCAAGAAAGCCUUUCCUGCCCUAGCUGGUUUGGCUCAGUGGAUGGAAUGUUGGCCUGGGGACUGAAGGGUCCUGGGUUUGAUUCCAGUCAAGGGCAUAUGCCCG